AGAGGCCUUUCCUAUUUCUCUUCCAGGGCAUUAUCGUCAUUCCAGGUUUCGUAAAACCGACGCAGCCUCGUCGUACCUUAUUUCUCCCCCUACCUUCUUCCCCACUCCGAUUAACACAGGGAGACAGAGACAUGGAGAGCGAGUGAUCAUUGGACAGUAAGAAACUAAUUUAGGGUUUCUGAUUCUAAUGCACCAAAACCUCUGUCUCAAACACACUCAUACUUCGAAAUAGAGAAUUAGGGUUUCUGAUAUCCUCAGAUCACCUGAUCGCACUCAAAUUUUCCUAUAUCCGAAACUACGUGGAGUUUCGCUACGUCCAAGCCAAUAAAAAAUCUCAACGAUUCGCCCCUUUCAAUUCCAGAAAAGAGAGUUGGAAAUUGGACCAAUUGGGCCUGAGAAUUUGUGAGCGAUGGACUUGGACAACGGCGGCAAGCGCGUUUUCCAGCGCCUGAGUGGGCCAGGGGACUCCAGGAACCAAAAAGUGUGCUACCAUUGGCGGGCGGGCAAUUGCAACCGCCGCCCGUGUCCGUUCCUCCACAGAGAAUUGCAGCCUCCGCCAUCCAACGGCGCACCGUCGAAGCGAUCCCACGGCUUCACCGAUGACUCGUCGGGCUUCUCGGGCCCCCGGCCCAGGCCCAAUUACGCCGGCUCCACGUCCACGUGGGGCCGAGCCCACGGCGGCACCAAUAGCAGAACGGUCAGGAAGCCCGAGAAGGUCUCCAAGAUUUGCAAGUUUUGGCUUCAGGGAAACUGUGGGUACGGCGAGGGGUGCAGGUACUUGCAUUCUUGGAGCUUGGGGGACGGCUUUUCGAUGCUCACUCAGCUGGAGGGGCACCAGAAGGUUGUGAGUGGGAUUGCGUUGCCAUCCGGGUCCAGUAAGCUUUAUACGGGCAGUAAGGAUGAGACUGUACGGGCUUGGGAUUGCCAGUCUGGGCAGUGUAUGGGAGUGAUUAAUCUUGGUGGCGAAGUAGGUUGUAUGAUCAGUGAAGGUACUUGGGUCUUUGUUGGGAUACCAAAUACUGUCAAGGCAUGGAACACCCAAAGUUCCAUUGAGCUGAGUCUUAGUGGGCCUGUAGGACAAGUUUAUUCCAUGGCUGUGGGUAACGGUUUGCUCUUUGCUGGUACGCAGGAUGGGUCUAUAUUGGCAUGGAAGUUUAAUGCAGCUACCAACGGUUUUGAACCAGUUGCAUCACUUCCAGGUCAUACCCUUGGAGUUGUUUCAUUAGUAGUCGGAGCUAAUAGGCUUUAUUCUGGUUCCAUGGACUGUACUAUAAGAGUCUGGAACCUUGAGACAUUACAAUGUAUACAGACACUUAAAGAGCACACUUCAGUUGUGAUGUCCGUUCUUUGCUGGGACCAGUUUCUUUUAUCAUGUUCAUUAGACCAAACAAUAAAGGUGUGGGUUGCUACAGAAAGUGGGAACUUGGAAGUAACAUACAGUCACAAUGAAGAACAUGGCGUGCUUACCCUCUGUGGGAUGCAUGAUUCAGAAUCCAAGCCCAUCUUACUAAGCUCUGGCAAUGAUAACUCUGUCCACCUCUAUGAUUUGCCAUCAUUUUCCGAGAGGGGUAAAAUUUUUGCUAAACAAGAGGUUCGAGCAAUUCAGGUAGGUCCUGGCGGCCUUUUUUUUACCGGCGAUGGAUCAGGUGAAGUGAAAGUGUGGCAGUGGCUGGCUGAACCAGCAGCUACCACCCGAUGAGUGGCAUGAUUUUUCUCUCCUGAUUAAAUUGAUUAGUUUAGUUAGUUCACUUAUUUUUCUGGUUCCUUUGUAAUUGGUGAGUUUGCCCAAGGAAUUUUAAGUUUCGGGGUUAGAGUGGUAGUAGGUGUUUUCUGAUUUUGUAGCACCAAAGGCUGUUUGUCUUGUCUCCUUGCCCCGUGCCAUAUUUAUAAUGACGGGCUUCGCCGCCAUAUCCAGGCUGUAACAUUUUGACAAUAUAUUCAUGAAAAUUGAGCAAAUAUUUGUUGUAUUGCUCGCUGCAA